AUGGACGAAAAAGACGACUGCACACACUCCGCCAUCGAGGAUAUCAAGUCCUCUUCCUCCCCGCCGAAUGAAGUCGAUCAAGCAGCGGAGAAACGUCUCCUGUGGAGAUGUGACUUGCACGUCGUCCCUAUUCUCACUCUCCUGUUCAUGUUCGCCUUCCUGGACCGCAUCAACAUCGGGAAUGCCCGGUUGAUGGGGCUGGAGAAGGACCUGGGCAUGACCGGGCACGAGUACAACAUCGCCCUGUUUGUGUUUUUCAUUCCGUAUAUCCUCUUCGAGGUGCCGAGUAAUAUGCUCUUGAAGAAGAUGAAGCCGUCGUGGUGGUUGAGUGGGAUCAUGUUUGCUUGGGGUAUUUUGACCGUCUGUCAAGGCGUGACGAAGAGUUUUCGAGGACUUGUGGUGUGUCGGGUGCUGAUUGGGGUGUUUGAGGCGGGUUUUAUGCCUGGAUCCGUCUACCUGAUCAAUAUGUACUAUCGUCGUCACGAGCUUCAAUGGCGACUCAACGUCUUCUUCAGUGCGAGUAUCUGUGCUGGCGCACUACUCGCUUACGCCAUCAACAACAUGGACGGCGUGGCCGGGUACAGUGGCUGGCGCUGGAUCUUCAUCCUCGAGGGUCUCGCCACCAUUGUCGUCGCGGUCAUCGCCAAGUUCAUCGUCGUCGAUUGGCCCGAGACCGCCACGUUCCUGACAGAGGACGAGCGAGCGCUGCUCCUCCGCCGUCUAUCAGAAGACCAAGGUGAAGCGAGAAUGGAUCGUCUGGAUAAGAAGUCGCUGCGACGGGCCUUUUCAGACCCAAAGAUCUACCUGGGACCCCUCAUGUACUUCGGCAUUGUCAACACCGGCUACGCAGUCUCCUUCUUUACCCCCACCAUCCUCAACCAGCUAGGAUGGACCGCCGUCCGCGCCCAGGUCAUGAGUAUCCCCGUCUACUGUGUCGCCAUGGUCAUCACCCUCUCCGCCGCCUAUGCCAGCGACCGGCUCCGCCACCGAUACCUGUUCACCUUGGCGGGCUGUCUCAUCGCGACCAUGGGCUAUGUCAUACUGCUCUGCCAGGCAUCCGUGCCCGUCGGGGCGCGCUACUUUGCCGUCUUCGCCAUCACAGGCGGCGGGUACCUGACGCAACCGAUCCUCAUGGGCUGGCUGAGUAACAACAUGGCGGGUCAUUACAAGCAGUCCAUUGCGUCGGCAAUGCAGAUUGGGUUUGGCAAUUGCGGAGGGCUUGUGGCCAGUAACAUUUUCUUCAAGGAGGAGGCACCACGAUAUACUACCGGGUACGGCGUGAGUCUGGGGAUGACCUGGAUUUGCGGAGCGGCUUGCGCCUUGUUCCUGACUUACUUGGUGAGGGAGAACAGGUUAAGGGAUGCGGGUAGAAGGGAAUGGAGGCUGGAGCUGCCCCAGGAGGAAGUGGAGAAUCUGGGCGAUGACCACCCUGCGUUUCGAUUCACUUAUUAA